GCCCAGCGCCUGCGCCAGUCCUCUGCAGCUGACGUCACAGCCAGCAUGGCGGUCAAGGUGCAAUUAACAAAGAGGGCUGACCCCCAUGAUUUGAAGACUAUUUUUCAUAAGUAUGCCAGUGUGGUGGAGGAUGGGGAGCAUUACUUGACCCCCAGGGACUUUGUACAGAGCUACCUGGGUCUGCACACACAGCCUCAACACAACCCCAAAACUGUGGAGCUGAUAGCCGGAGUGGCCGACACCACCAAAGAUGGACUCAUAUCUUUCCAGGAGUUUCAGGCCUUUGAAUCAGUCCUAUGUGCCCCAGACGUCCUGUUCAUACUUGCCUUUCAGUUGUUUGAUAAGACCGGCACAGGAAACAUCUCCUUUGAGAAUGUACGUGACAUCUUCAGCCAGACCACGGUUCAUCACCACAUUCCCUUCAACUGGGACUGUGAGUUCAUCAAGCUGCAUUUCGGCCACGAGAGAAACAAGAACCUCAGCUACACAGAGUUCACCCAGUUUUUACAGGAGCUACAGUUGGAGCAUGCCCGCCAGGCCUUUGCACAGAAAGACAAGAACAAAAGUGGCACCAUCACCGCCUUGGACUUCAGCGACAUCAUGGCCACCAUCAGACACCACAUGCUGACGCCGUUUGUGGAGGAGAAUCUGGUCUCAGCUGCAGGAGGCAGCACCUCCCACAUGGUGAGCUUCUCCUACUUCAACGCCUUCAACGCCCUCCUCAACAACAUGGAGCUUGUCCGAAAGAUCUACAGCACCCUCGCCGGCACGCACAGAGACGUACUCCUUACCAAAGAGGAGUUUGCUCAUGCCGCCAAUAAGUUUGGACAAAUCACUCCUAUGGAGAUUGACAUCCUGUACCAGCUCUCUGGUCUCCACUCGCACUCUGGGCGGCUGAACCACGCCGACAUCGAGAGGAUAGCGCCGCUGGAGGAAGGAGCCAUGCCAUACCACCUAGCAGAGGCCCAGAAACAGCACGCUCAUGACCCGUCCCGGCCCGUCUGGCUCCAGGCUGCGGAGUCCGCCUACAGGUUCAGCCUGGGCGCAAUCGCCGGAGCCACCGGCGCCACGGCCGUGUACCCCAUCGACCUGGUGAAGACGCGCAUGCAGAACCAGCGCUCCACGGGCUCCUUCGUGGGAGAGCUGAUGUACAAGAACAGCUUCGACUGCGCCAAGAAAGUGCUGCGUUACGAGGGCGUCUUUGGAUUCUACAGAGGUCUCCUCCCGCAGCUCAUCGGUGUCGCGCCGGAGAAAGCCAUCAAACUCACGAUGAAUGAUUUUGUCAGAGACAAGUUCACCACACAGGACGGCACCAUCCCUCUGCCGGCAGAGAUCCUCGCUGGUGGAUGUGCCGGAGGUUCCCAGGUGAUUUUCACCAACCCUCUGGAGAUUGUGAAGAUCCGUCUGCAGGUGGCUGGAGAGAUCACCACAGGGCCCAGGGUCAGUGCCCUGAAUGUUGUGAGAGACCUGGGCUUCUUUGGCCUCUACAAGGGAGCCAAAGCCUGCUUCCUGCGAGACGUCCCCUUCUCUGCCAUCUACUUCCCUGUUUAUGCCCACACCAAGAAGAAGCUGGCAGAUGAGGACGGAAGUCUGGGGGCGCUGCAGCUGCUCACUGCUGGAGCCAUCGCAGGCGUACCGGCAGCAUCGCUGGUAACCCCUGCUGAUGUCAUCAAGACCAGACUCCAGGUGGCGGCCCGAGCCGGCCAGACGUCGUACAAUGGCGUCAUCGACUGCUUCGGGAAGAUCCUAAAGGAAGAAGGUUUCAGGGCUCUUUGGAAGGGUGCAGGAGCUCGCGUCUUGAGAUCCUCGCCACAGUUCGGCGUAACCCUGGUGACCUACGAGCUGCUACAAAGAUGGUUGGACGUUGACUUUGGAGGACAGCGUCCCACCGGCUCUCAGCCCACUCCCAAGCUCUUGACGGAGGACCUUCCCUCUCUGACAGCAGACCACGUGGGCGGCUACCGUCUGGCCGCUGCAACCUUUGGGGGCGUGGAGAGAAAGUUUGGCCUUCACCUGCCUAAGUUCAAGCCUUCUGGAGAGGAGACCAGGAAACCAGCGGAGACCGGAGCAGAGUCACAGGCGUCAUAAACCUGCAGUGACCACGAGGGCUGCAUGCUCCUCCGCUCAUUAAGUCUUCCUACGUUUCAAUCCAACGCAUUUGAGAGGUUGUCUUGCUUUGAAUGCUGCAUGAGUAUGGCUUUACUGCUUUGUCUUUGCACACUUUACUGUACAUAUUGUACUUCUCUUCAGAGGGACAGUAUGGCUUCAAGAAAGGAUUGUUAGCUGCGUUGUUUUUUCUUCUUUCUGGCGUGCAACAGCUUUGGUGUGCAUGUUUCAGUUGUAUUUCAAAGACACGAGGAUGUACAGAUGUUUUCAAGUAUUUAUUUUGAAAUCAUGACCUGGGAGACUCGAG